UGCUUGCGCCUUGUCUGUAGACCAAGCACAAUCUUCUGCAGCACUUCCUUCCCUACAUCGGAUACCAUAUCACAACGCGCUAGUACCUACGUAAAAAGAACAUGAAAGCUCUGAUGUCAUUGCUGGCAAUGUUGGCCAUGAUUGCUGCUGUCACGGCUGGCUAUGGCUAUGGUUAUGGCGGCUACGGAGGCUACGCUGGACACGGAGGCUACGGUGGACACGGAGGCUAUGGUGGAUACGGCGGCUAUGGUGGAUACGGCGGCUACGGUGGAUACGAUGGCUACGGUGGACACGGAGGCUACGGUGGAUACGGCGGCUACGGUGGUUACGGUGGCUAUGGAAGAUACGGCGGCUUUGGAGGAUUUGGGGGCUACGGAGGAUAUGGGGGUUACGGAGGAUACGGCGGCUACAGAGGAUACGGUGGCUACGGAGGAUACGGUCAUGGUGGCUACGGACAUGGAUACAAGCUUAUUAGCUAUGGACAUGGUUACCAUGGAUAGCUUUAUUAUAAAGUCCUAUUUAUUGAACUGUAAAUAAACAUAUACCUGUGAUUUUAA